AAUCAAAAUUUAUAAAUGAGGGAGGAGACAAGAAAUGAGACGACAGAAGUAGAUAAAGACAUCGGAAUGGGGAAAAUUCGGACAUUCGGGAUGACGAACGGCAUUUUUAAGCACUCCAACCAAUCAAUACUGGAAUAUCGAGACCAUGUCAAAAAAUCGACCGUUGAAAUCCUGAUGCCCGCAUAUGUAAUUGGAGGCCCCAUAAGAAGUAUCCGAGUGGAUAAGGAUCGACUUUUUGUACUAGGAAUGAAGAACCACCCGGAAGUCAUUGAUCUCACCCAGAUGAGCCACGGUACAAGCCUGAUUCUCGAGAAAAUCAUGUCCGGUAAUCGCGACUACACCACACAAAUCUCGAUGAAUCAGGCUGCCGAGCUGUGUCACGUGGCACACGAGCUGAAACUCGUGAAUCUUCUGAAGCUGGUGGAGAUGGAUAUGAUCAGGCGCCCGUCUACAUCGAUGAAGCACGCCGUCGAUGCUCUCGUUUUGGCGUUGAAGUUUGGAAUGCUGGAGGCUGUGAACAAGUUGAUCGAUGAGAUUAUUUUCGAGUUUUUCAACGGCCGCGGGCUCGUCGGGUACUGUAAGAGCUUUACGGCGCUGGAAAUGAUUUUUGCUAAGAAUGAGAUGAUGUUGAAAGAGGAGAUUGAAGUUGGACGGUUAAAUUCAGAAUGGAAUGAGCCGUUGCCUGUUGGCCAAGAAGUCGUCCCGUCGUUGCCACGUGGAAAUAAUGCUCAGAUCCCGAGAAUCAUGCUUAAUGUGGCUAAGGAAAGAAUUCGUAGCCUGGUGGCCCGCCCGAUUAACUCGGUCAAAAAUGGAUUCGCGUGGAUUUCGGCACAAAAUUUGAGACGCCGUGGACCACGGAACCAUCAAGAUUUCCCGAAUUUUCCGGAUUGAAAAAUCAAUAAAAUAAUUUUUUCU